GUUACUUAGAAUCAUAAGCCAACCAUUCCCUACUAAACUCCUAGUUGUCCCAUCACAUUCCUCAAAUUAACCGCAAAAUUUUCUUUGUCUUCAUAUAGAAUCAAAGGCAUCAUAAGACAGCUCAGAUAGAUCUCCAAAGUUGUUUUUUGUUUAUUUUGACUAUCAAAUUAAACUCACAACAAAUACCUUGGCACUCUUAUUUAAUAUUAAUAUAUAUAAUCAGAGUGCAGCUAGCCAUGCAGAUUCUUCAAUGGGUAUUGUUUAAGAGGGUCCAUGAACAAAAAGGAGAGUGCAACAUUUCUGAUACUCCAACUAAAAGAGAAGCUACCAGUACCCCUUGUAAAGGAAAAGAUAUAGUUGCAUUGAAGCAUUAUAGAAGAUACAAAAGAACAAAGAGAGUUGAAGAGAGCAAGAUUGGGUGCAUCAGACUGAAAGCGUUUGCUUUCAUAUGUGGAAAAGAUAUUCCAAAAGCUUGUUUUUACAGAACCUUGAACUUGAAUAAGAGAAGGGAUUUUGUUCACUCAAUGAAGUCGAAGAGAGAGGAAUUGUCAAGAGGAGUGGGAGUCACCAAGAAUGAAGAUUCUUCUUCUGCUUCUCAGAAUGUUGGGAAUAAGAAGGUUUUGCCAAUAACUGAAGGAUCAUCAUCAAACUCAAGUGAAAGAAGUGAGCAGCAUUUCAAAACCGUAGAAAAUAAGAACAACAAGACGAAGAGUAUUUCAAAAAUGAAAGAGAUUCUUAGAUGGGCGGCUGCUGCUAAAUCAGAUAAGAGUAGAAGGAAAUUCAAUGGACAAAAGGUCUUAGAGUUCAGAAGAGAUGGAACCAUAAAAUCAUCAUCAGUUAAAAAUGAAGAUGAUGAAGUUGGCAUUGAGUCACCAAAGAUCAGUUUCUCAUUGGAUUUGGAACGUUGCUCCACCACAUACUCUGUAUACUCAUCAGCAACAUCAACAGAUUCUUAUUCCUUCAUUGAAAAUCAAAGAGCACACAUUGCACAUUCUAAUAUUAAUGUUUCGGUUCAAGGGUGCGGUUAUACCAACAAUUGUAGACAUGAAAAUUGGAUCACUACUGACUCCGAAUUUGUGGUGCUGGAACUAUGAAGAAAUUAAAUGUGUACAAGGAAGAUAUCUUAGGCACGCCUAAUUUCACAUCGAGGGCGAGCUUUCAUCAGAAAGUAGUUAGGGAGAUUAAUUGACAACCUAAGGGAGAGAAAAGUGUGACAUCAACUCUUAAUGAUCUUAAUAUACUAGACAGAUCUAUAAAGUGGGAAUGUCC